CCAUCUUUCUUAGUUAAUCACUAAACUGACUUUUCCGUUUCCAGGACCAAGUGCUGCCUUAACCAUGAGUUCCCACCAGCAGAAGCAGCCCUGCACUGUACCCCCUCAGCUGCACCAGCAGCAGGUGAAACAGCCUUGCCAGCCACCACCCCAGGAACCUUGUGGCCCCAAAACCAAGGAGCCCUGCAACCCCAAUGUUCCUGAGCCCUGCCAGCCUAAGGUGCCUGAGCCCUGCCAGCCCAAGGUGCCUGAGCCCUGCCAGCCCAAGGUGCCUGAGCCUUGCCAGCCCAAGGUGCCUGAGCCUUGCCAGCCUAAGGUGCCUGAGCCCUGCCAGCCUAAGGUGCCUGAGCCCUGUCAGCCCAAGGUGCCUGAGCCCUGUCAGCCUAAGGUGCCUGAGCCCUGCCAGCCAGUUGUUCCUGAGCCCUGCCCCUCAACUGUCACUCCAGCACCAUACCAGCAGAAGACAAAGCAGAAGUAAUGCUGUCCUCAGCCUUGAAGACCC